UAACGGACGUUACAGUGGGCUCCCACCGUCGAGGUUUACUGGUCUCCGCCUCGUCGCCCUCGCUGCGCUCCAUAAGCUGCCCGUCGUCGCAAGAUAGCAACCGACCUUGUCGUUUCCUUCCCUUUCCUAGGCGACCAAGAAAAGAGGAGACGGUUGCGACCCUGUCCCUAACCCUUCCCUCGGUCUCUGUUUCGAUGGCGUCGGGUGAAUCCUCCGGCCGGGCCGCCGCUUGGGACUCCAGCUCGUUCGAUUUCGGAUCCGAUGAUGUUCUCUGCCCCUACGGUGACUAUGCAGCCCAGGACCCCUCGAUCGGGAAGCGAUCAGACCUUGCCGGGACGCAGGAUAUCCAAGAAUGCAGAAUGGGGAGAUCAUUGGUCAGUGCUUAUGAGAAAGAAGAUUGUUCCAAGUAUAGUGUAACAUCUUCUGUCAAGAAAUGCAUGAAAAAAUAUGCUGAUUCUCUACUUCGAUCGCUUGAGGCUAUAAGUGGCCGUUUGUCACAGCUGGAGAUACAUUUCCACAAACUUGAACAGUCACUUUGUGAACUUCGAGGUGAUUUCAUUCAGGAUCAGAGUGACAAGGAUCUGAACUUCAAGUCUCUUGAGAAACAUCUCCAAGAAGUCCACAGGUCUGUUCAAAUUAUGAGAGACAAGCAAGAGCUCGCUGAAACUCACAAGGAACUGGCCAAGCUUCAAAUGGUGCAGAAAGAAUCCGUAGAAAAGAAGGAAGAAGUUGUUGCACGAUCUGUUUCGGAGCCCAAAAAGCUGGACGAUAUGCCAGACGUUGCAAACCAGCAGCUGGCCCUUGCCCUACCUCGACCUGCUACUUCGCCACCGAUACUUCCGACUGGAACUUCUCAGUCAAUCCAACCAUACAAAGAACUUCCUAUGCAGCAUCAACCGCCUAUCUCUUUUAAUAUCCAACUGGAUCAAAUCAUAAUGAGUCAAGCAGCAAGAUACUAUCAUCAUCAUCAAACUUUGCCACAGAGCCAACCUGUGCAGGCAAGACCUCAGCUUCAGGAUGGCCCAGUCCAGGCACCACCACGGCAACCGCUGAUAGCCAACCUGAAUCGACCUCCAUCAUUUUCUCAGGACCAGCAGCAAUUACCUUCACAGCCUGCCCAGCACUUGGCGCAACAGGUGGCCCAGCCUCAACAACCCGCUUCACAGACCCAACCAUCAUAUCCUCCAUACCCACCUCAACCUGUUCCUGGAACAUUUCCUGACACCAGCGUGCCUACGCAGGUCCCACAACCUAAUGUGACAGCGAUCCGCCCUGAAGUUUUGCCAUUCGGUGAUGGACGAACAGGAAGCUUAGGAUCACAGCCACCCCUACACAAUAUGCAGCAACCGAUGCUGUCUCCAGUCAGCCAGAGCUCUUUUGGAUCACAGCUCAGUUACAUGGGAGGUUGCAAGACGCAUCCGCCUCCACCUUACAAUUUACAGGGUUACAAUGCUGCCUCUAGUUAUCCACCAAACAACAACCUUCCAGUUGCCAGGAACCAGCAAAUACCUCCGAGCAAUAGUGCAGCUCUCCCCUAUGACUCGAGACUGACGCGCAAUCACUCCUACGGAGAGAUGAUUGAGAAAGCUGUUGGUAUGGGAUAUGAUAGGAAUCAGAUCAUAGGUGUUGUUCAGAGGAUGGUCGAGAGCGGUCAGCCUAUGGAUUUUAAUUCGCUGCUCGAUAGAUUGAAUGGACAAGCCGCUGCAGCACCUGCACGAGCAUGGUGAGACAAACUCACGCUGUGAGUUGCCGACGUUGGCUUUUCAUUUGUAUCAGAUCCUGAGAUUGCAUGGUGUUCGUAGAUAAAAAUUGCUACCCAUGUGACAAACAGGAUCCUUCUGGUAACAUUGUUGUCAGGUGAAAGCUCAUUACGAGACCACGACGUAUCAGACGUCAUGGCCGACGAGUACUGUGGAAAACUCGGAAUUAUAUUCUCUCGGUCGCCGCAUUUCUCGUGUAGCACAAGUAGAUUAGCUUUCUUUUAAUAGAUUGGUAUAUCAUGCAAUGAUCGGCAGUGAUCGUUGUGGUCAAUAUUGUGGAUGGUGGGUUCAAAAAGUACGGUUGUUUUCCUAUCCCACUUUGGAGCAUAAAUGGCAGUGUCCCUAGGAAAUGCCUCA